GCUGACCGUCCCUGGGAGCUAUUAAAGGGGCAGAUCUCUUCCUAGUGUCAGCAAGCAAGUCACUGCCUGGCAAACAACUCUCAUCCCUUGAUCACCUGGUCAUGUCUCAGUGAGCCUGCUGCUCUCUGGGUUAAUUGCAGAUACCUGGAUAUAAGAGGAAAUCCGUGGGUGUGCCACAGCUUCAAGCCAUUGUGCCCUGUGUAUAGUACAGUGGAUGUAGCCUAGACCCUUCUUCAGGAUUAAACCUGCACUGAUUGUUGCCUUUUGUUUUUAACUUUAAUCACUGUCUUUGGAUGCCUCCCCCACCUGCUGAAUUAUUUCAUCCUCUAUAGCUGUGAGAGCAUUGGACACAGCAGCAAGCCAGGCUCACGGUAUAUUGGGGAGCCGGAGAUGUACGAGGUGAACGCAGUAACAGUCCCUUCCUCUUCCCCCUCCAUCGCCCCUUCUUCUCCCCAGUCAUCAUACUCAUCCUCCCUGGCUGGGGAUUCGGAGAUAGACGUGGAGAGUCUGGAAAUGGAAGCAGAGAAUGGAGAGUCUGAGCCUUGCAGGGCUGAGGGCCAUGAAGAAGAAGAUGAUGAGGAUGACCAGGAUGGGGGAGAAGUGACCCCAACAAAAAAGCAGCAACAGCAGAAACCUGGAGAGAAAGUAGGGGAGCAGAGGAAGCUGAGCCGGACCCCCAAAUGUGCAAGAUGCAGGAACCAUGGGGUGGUGUCUUGCCUGAAGGGCCACAAGCGUUUCUGUCGCUGGAGGGACUGUCAGUGUGCCAACUGUCUGCUGGUGGUGGAGAGGCAGAGGGUGAUGGCAGCACAGGUGGCACUCAGGAGACAGCAGGCCACAGAGGAUAAGAAAGGUCUGUCGGGAAAACAAAACAUUUCAGAGAGAAAAACGGUCUAUCAGAGGCACAUUAGGACACCCAGCUUACUGGCCAAAAGCAUUUUAGAAGGUUACCGACCAGUGCCAGCAGAUGCCUACCUGGGGGGAAAUUCCCAGCUCCCUGCCCCUGUCAGUGACAGAAUGAGGAAGAGAAGAGCCUUUGCUGAUAAGGAGCUAGAGAACAUCAUGCUGGAGAGAGAGUUCAAAGAGAGGGAAAUGUUGGAGGCUACCCAGGCUGCCAGCAUCUUCUUGCCCAACCGCAUGGUCCAUGCUGCAGAGUACAAUGCCUACAAAGCUGCUUAUGGGAACUCACAGGUUGAUGGACCCAAUAAAGACCUUUGCAAUUUUCUCCCCACUUGCCUUGAUCUUACCAUGCAGUAUUCAGGGUCAGGAAAUGUGGAACUUAUAUCUUCUAAUGUCAGUGUGGCUACAACCUAUAGACAGUAUCCAGUACCCUCUAGGUUCUUGGUUUGGCCAAAGAAUGGACCAAUAAGUGAUGCUCUUCUAUACCAGCAGUGCUUAUUAAAUGCUACAGCCAUGCAGACUAUGAAACCUGGACCCAAUUGGGAUUCAAAAUCAAACUCUGCUAUGGAGUGUCCGGUACCAUCAGAACAUGACCUGGUUCCACAAUUGCCUCCCAAAAUAGAAAACCUAGUGUUACACCCUCAAAAUGAACUCAGGAAUAUGCCCCAGGAGAGUGGGGAGAGGUCAGCCUUCUCACCACCCAAAAGGAACUUUUCCCAACUUUCUAGCAAGGAACACUUACCUGCUCCAGAUAAUCUCAUUCACAAGGCCAUCAAAGAGACCACAAAGCAGCCACUGUCUUUAAAGUACAGCCCUUUCCAUUCCAUAUUCCAGCAGGCACAGCUUGAGAAGGCCUUGCCAGAACUGAUAGCCCCCAAUGUCAAAGAUCUGUAUGAAGAACCAGCCAAGAAACCCAGAGAAUAUGCAUCGAAAGAAAAUCAGAAAUACAAGUUUACCAUCGAAAGGUAUAAUAAAGACUUUAUUUUAGCAAAGGAACCAGGCACAAAGCUCCCAGUGAGCGAACCGUUGCCCUUCUCAGUAGAGUCCAUUCUGAAGAGGCCCUCAACUGCAGUGCCAAGAUCUAACCAGUGACUGGUCCUUACUCAAGGAUGGCGCAUUGGAUAAACCACUCAAUAUCUUUUUAUACUCAAGGGGACCAUGAAUUUUUGAGGGGACCACAUGAACAGUUUGAAUUGUGUAAAUUCAUUUUAAUGUUGCCUAUCUAUUGAACAAAUAAUGAUAUUUAAAAUGUAAAUAAAAAGUGAUCUGCAUA